AUGGGGAACUAUAAGCUUAAGCUAGAUGAACAAAUUGGACUCAUUUGUUUAGUUUGUUCAUAUGUCCAUUUGGAGAUGAAAUACAUCUUCCCUGAUUUUGAGAAGAAGGAGGUGGAGAUUGAACCUGAUGUUGUUAGCGUUGCGGAGGAGGAGGAGGAGGUGGUUGAGACUAAACCUGAUGUUGUUAACGUUGUGGAGGAGGAGACUGUUUUUGAUGUUGUUAUUGUUGAGGAGGAGAGUGAUCUUGAUGCUGUUAUCGAUGAGGUGGAGACUGAACCUGAUGUUGUUAACGUUGCGGAGGAUGAGGAGGAUGAGGAGAAGGAGAGUGAUCUUGAUAUUGUUAUCGUUACAGAGGAGGAGGAGGAUGUGGAGAGUGAUCCUGAUGUUGUUAACGUUGCGGAGGAGGAGGAAGAGGUGGAGAGUGAUCCUGAUGUUGUUAUCAUUGCGGAGGAGGAGGAGGUGGUGGAGAGUGAUCCCGAUGUUGUUAACGUUGCUGAGGAGGAAGAGGAGACUGAACCUGAUGUUGUUAACGUUGCAGAGGAGAAGGAGGAAGAGGAGGAUGAGGAUGAGGAGGAAAAGAGUGAUCAUGAUGUUGUAAUCAUUGAGGAUAAGGAAGUAUGUGCUGAUAAUGAUUCGUCAGAGGAGGAGACUGAUCCUGAUACUGUUAUUGUUGAGGAGGAGGAGGACAGUGAUCCUGAUAUUGUUAUCGUUGCGGAUGAGGUGGAGACUGAACCUGAUGUUGUGAACGUUACAGAGGAGGAGGAUUUGGAGGAGGAUGAGGAUGAGGAGGAGGAGACUGAUCCUGAUAUUGUUAUUAUUGAUGAGGAGGAGGAAGAAGAGGAUGAGAGUGAUCCUGAUGCUGUUAUGGAGGAGGAAGAUGAGGAGGUGGAGAGUGAUCCUGAUGUUGUUGAUGUUGCGGAGGAGGAGGUGGAGAGUGAUCAUGAUGUUGUUAAUGUUGCGGAGGAGGAGGAGGUGGAGACUGAACCUGAUGUUGUUAACGUUGCGGAGGAUGAGGAUGAUGAGGUAGAUGAGAGUGAUCUUGAUGUUGUUAUCGUUACGGAGGAGGAUGAAGAGGAGGUGGAGAGUGAUCCUGAUGUCGUUAACGUUGCGGAGGAGGAUGAGGAUGAGAAUAAGGAGGAGAGUGAUCCUGAUGUUGUUAUCGUUACAGAAGAAGAGGAUGAGGAGGUGGAGACUGAACCUGAUGUUGUUAACGUUGCAGAAGAUGAGGAGGAGAGUGUUCAUGAUGUUGUUAUCAUUGAGGAGAAGGCGGCUCCUAUCUUGAAUGCAACAGAUGAGGUUGUUUCUUCUAAGUCAAACAUGUGCAAGACAAGGGACAAAUCCAAAGAGUUUACUGAUACAACCUUAUAUUCUAAGUCGGAAUUUGAAUCUUUAACUAAUGCUCUUCGAAAGAAUCCGAAGAAGAUUCUUGAAGAGGCUGAGUUUCUGAAGUUUAUUGUUGAUUCAAUAAAAAAUGUCCAUGAUCGUAAUGAAGUCAUUCCUCUAGAAGAGAAGGAACAUGUUUUUGUCAAAGAAACAUUUCCUUUAGUAUUUCUAUUUGAAGACGAGGAGCCUCUUCCUCUAUAG